AGCCAUUUUGGCUCAAGCCCUGUGUGGCCCAAGAGUACUCGUUCGCUUCUUGGAACCCCAGCGAGCCCAGCAUGGACCGCUCGUCGCAGCCCUCGCCUGCCGAGGAGGGCGGGCACCACCGCCUCCUCAGCCCACGAAUAGUCACCUCCGAGGACGAGGGGCACGUGUGCCCGCGGGAGAGCCAGCGGUGGCUGGGCCGUCUGCUUCCCGUGCUGAUCGGGGCCGCGGUGCUUGCGCUUCUUGCCGUGUACACCCCCCGUCAGUUCCAGACCGAGCUGCGGGAGUCCCUCGUCGUCGCCACGCAGCACGCGCUGGACGGGGGCCCGACCGCUGCGGCAGAGGCCGCGGACGCAGCGCAACACGCGCUCGCGGAGGCCCCCCACGCCGCCGCCGAGGCUGCGAAGGCCGCGGGAUACGCGCUCGAGGAAGGCCCCCACACUGUGGCCGAGGCCGCGGCCGCCGCGCAGCAGGCGCUCGUGGAGGCACCCCACGCCGCCGCCGAGGUCGCGGGCGCCGCGCAGCAUGCCCUUGCGGAGGGCUCCCGUGCUGUGGCCGAUGCAGCCGACGCCGCGCAGCACGCCCUCGCGGAGGAGCACUCGCCGAAGCCCGCGGCCGACGCCGCCGGCGCGGCGCACGUGGGCGGCGGUGGGCCGCAUGCGCGCCCGGGCGCCCUAGCGCCGCUGGAGCAGCGCGCCCGCGGCGAGGUGGCCGCGCUGACCGGGGCAGGCGCGGGAUCCCCGGGUGGCGAGAGGGAGCGGCACGCGCACUCCAGCGCCGGCGCGGGGCCGGCCAGCAGGAGCAACGCCAGCGCCCAGCAAGAGCAGCGCACGAGCGGCGAGGUGACGGCGCUGACUGUGGCACGCGCGGGCUCCCCAGGCGGCGGGGAGAGGCGGCCCGCGCAUUCGAAUGCCAGCGAGGGGCAACCGUCGAGGAGUGGGUCCAUAAGAUCGGAUUGGGGCACGCGUCUGACAGCUACAACCACGACCGCGAUCACCGUCACCAACACCACCACAGAGCCUUCGACCACGACAGCGCAAUGCAACGAGUGCGCGCCCGCAGUGCGUGAUCGGCCGGAUGUGGUUAUCCCAGUCUUUGAGCGCGACCUGUGCAAAUUGAAGGUUACUGCAAAGUCAAUCGUCGCGCACGACCCGCAUGGCACCCUAGGAAAGGUUUUUAUCUGCUGGGUCUCAGCAAGAUCACGGUGGGAUUUUGCGGGCCAGCUGGAUGAGAUUACGCAGAUCCUCGAGCAGCGCGGGGAUGUGGAGGUGCUGGAGCUGCAGAUGGGCGGGGUGAUUGGUUGGCUUGCGCAGCAGUCGGCGAAACUCAAGAUUGCCAGCCGUGUCUCGUCGGAGUACUACGUCGUUCUGGACGCCAAGAAUACGCUCCUGCGGGAUCUUGAGCCUGAUACAUUUUUUACUCCAUGCAACCAAGGUAAAAUAUUCGGUCGGUACGACAUCUGGGACAUGCCUUCAGAGCACAAGUCUUGGUUCUGGGCGUCCGCAGGCGUCCUCGGCCAGCAAGCCAUGGACUGGGGGAAGUGGCCUGCAUCAGUCACCCCAAUGGUGUUGCACAAGCAGAGCACCCUGGACAUGUUGAGCAUGCUCGGCGAGUCCCCAGACUUCUACACCGCCUGCUCCGGAGGUCUGUGCGACAGGUUUCGCCAGAAGGCCACCGAGUUCACGUUGUACUUGGUGUACGCGGCGCGGAUCGCGAGUUUCGAUUGCAUUCACGCCAUCGAGGAGCGCCCUUGGGGAAACGAGAUUGCAGCGUCCAUCUGGCGCAACGGCGGCGAAGGUGCAUCCGAGCAGGUCAGGGCCAUCGCCGAACACUCCGACCUCAACGGCCGCCCAUUAUUUUUCGGCUCGCAGGCAGGUGCGCUGGACGGCUUUCAAGGCACGGCGCGCUUCGACAUUUUGCAGAACUUGUUCGCUAUCUACGAAAACGCAAGUCUGUACGAGUGGGCAUCCUGGGACGACAUGGCAGACUGCGUUAUCGGCCAGUUCGACCAGUAGCAUUUCUUGCGGAUUUUGUUAUGCGGCCCCGACUAUGUCGCGGGGCUCGUUGCUGUAUGCCACUUAUUAUGAGCAUGCUCCCAGUUGGCGAUGCAGAACUGCAUCUUGCCUCUCGCGUUGGAGUCCCAGUUUCGGAGAAGGGCCCGCGCGCUGCUGGACGGGAACAGUGCUGUCGAUUCGACCGCUGACGCAUUUGUUCUACGGGGAAACGGUGUGCCUGCUCGUCGUGGCGCGAUGGCAUGCGUGUGUCUUGUUCGUGUGCCUCUAAAUGUGCUGUUGGUCCCACUUUGGUCCCACAUCCCCUGCUACGAACAUAAGCAGCGAGGCAAACUACAUCCGAACCCGAGUGCACGAAAUUACGCCACCAAUGUUUUCCAUAGUUACGCACGUGCAUGUAUAGUGCGUCCAGCAAAGUACUGCGACGCUUUUGCUCACUGUAGCCGCUCGAUCGCUUGCAGCACCCCGCGCCGCCCGAUGGUCACCUUAGAUGACCCGCUGGCAGUGCGGCACGUGCGGACCGUGCGCAAGCGCAGUCUCUUUGAAGUGUGCGCGUCGCAUUGACAGGAACAAAA